AUGAAAGUUACAGGACUUAUCGAAUGUCAUACUCCCAUUGGAAUUCAAUAUAAAAACCUUGAUAAAAAUAUUAGAGCUGGAAUUAUCCGCAAGUUCAAGAAAGCUAAUCCUCGCUUUCCUGAUUGUAUCGGUGAUUGGGCCUUAGUAAAUCUCAUGCGAGAAAAUGCUCGUCGUCAAGAUAAGAAAAGUCUAGUUAAUGGUGAGAAGCACGAAAGGAUGAAUCAAUUAACUGUCGAAGGUGAGAAGCGCAGAAGGAUAAAUCAACUGAUUGUUAAUGAUGAGAAGCAUGAGAGAUCAAAUCAACUGAUUGUCAAUUAUGAGAAGCGUGGAAGGAAGUAUGCUCAAAAAAAGAUGACUUCUACUAACCAUUAUUCUGAAAGUCAUGAAAAUUCUUAUGGUAAUGUUGAUGAUGAGCUUGAUAAAACAUCGAAAGAUCAUACACAUUACUCAUUAUCUAAUCCUAUACCAAUUUAUUAUCAUAAUACAGACUCAGAAAGUUCUAAGGAUAAUGUCAAAGAGAAUAAAAUGACAGAUAGUAUCUCUUCACAAGGGUCAGAGUCUGAAGAUUAUAAUCUAUCACUACCUGAUUCGGAUGACAAAGAAUCAAAGUCUCUUAAGAAAAUUUGUAUUUCUGAUUUUGAUAAGUUGACAUCACAAAGGACAAUUGGAUCAUGCAAAGCCAAAUCAUCGAAAAGAUCAUUGAAACAAACUCUUAUGUCAGGUGAUUUAACAUAUGUUUAUAAAAAUGUAAUUAUCUAUUUUAUUCGAAAACAAGCUAUACUACUACUCGAUUUUUAUAAUUAUAGAGAAAGUGAAAUAAAAUUGCAACAAACUGUGCCUCAUAGAUCCCUUCGAAAUAAGCGUUCAAUCAAUGAUGUUGACAAAUCUGGUAAAAGAUAA